CUCUCUCAAUUUAACCUGUCAUGUUCACAUAAAAUAUAAUUUGCAUUGUUUAGUUCUCUGGGUCAAAGCUGUGAUAUGUCAGAGAGGGAUUACGAAUAAUUCGUCUUGUUUGGCACAUUAAUGAAAUUGCAUUGUUGGAUACCAUCAUUAUAAAAUAGAUGUAAAUGUAUUUCCGGUCUCGGGACUUAUCAGUCUUCCGCCCUGAUGCCCUUGUAGCUAUGGAAACUCGUCAAUGGCAACAUCCACCAGCCCGUUCACCCGUUUUGACCAGGGGCGCCGAGUGUGAUAGCUAGCUAGCUGGCUUUAUGUGUGCCAUAAUUACCGAUCCAUUACCAAGGUUUCAAGAUGGCGUUACAACGACUGGCGCCUUUGUUCAUCCUUUAUUCGAUUCUCGGCUACAUUCCAUCACGUGGGGUAAUCCUCCGAACCACAGACAAGACUGUGUGGGCAAAUGAAUUUGAACCUAUUGAGUUGACCUGCUUGAUAGAGUCCAUCUCAACAAACAACCCCAGAAUCGAAUGGAAGAAAAUCAAAAACGGUGUCCCUAGUUAUGUGUACUUUCAAAAUCACAUUUCAGGGGACUUGGAGCACAGAGCCCAGCUGAUCCAGCCAGCCAACCUACUGAUCCUCAACACCAGCCGUGCAGACACUGCAGAGUACCGCUGUGAAGUCGCUGCCAUUGAUGACCACAAACACUUUGAUGAAAUUCUAAUCAGUCUUGCUGUCAGGGUAAAGCCUGUGGUGCCCAGGUGCAGUGUGCCUGUGGCGGUGACUGUUGGCACGUCCUCUGAGCUGCGCUGCCUAGAGAACGAGGGCUUCCCUGCCUCACAGUACCGCUGGUUCCGCAACAACGAGGAGCUUCCCCAGGACCCAAAGAGCAGCCCCAAGUUCAUCAACUCCACCUACUCCAUUAACGCUGACACAGGUGGUCUGAAAUUUCGCAGGAUGAGGAAGGAGGAUGCGGGAGAGUAUUUCUGCCAGGCAAAGAAUGAAGCUGGACAUGCACAGUGUCCCGCACAGCUGAUGGACGUCUAUGAUGUCGACAUAGUGGGGAUUUUUCUGAAGGUGUUGGCGGCAUUGGCCGGAUUCACUAUUGUGAUGGUGGGGGUUUAUCAUGCACACAAACAUGGCUGCUUUUCCUCCGGCAAGGAUCACACAGGAACCAACUACAAAUCGCCAGCAGCAGAUGAUGGUGUUGAAUAUGCCGAAGCCGAUGAGGGUCACUUCCGGCACAAAUCAUCAUUUAUAAUUUGAAAUCUGAGAUAGAAGACCGUCAAGAGGAGACACACUGAAGAGGAGACACACUGAAGAGGAGACACACUGGAGUCAAAAGUGCAUCAAAUCCCAUAAUAAGGCUUUGUGUGAGAAAUUUAAGCUGUAACAUUGCACAUUCUUUUUUGGUGCGCAUCAACAAUUAGCUUACCAAAGUUAUCAUCUUGAAAAAGAUCAAUCAUUAUUUCAAAAUUUCUGAUAGGCAAUUGCAACGUUAUGUCCCUGUUAGUACACCGUUUUUUUUUUUUUGUCGCACAAAUAUGUUUUGUCCUCAGUCGUUACUGUAACUACAACUACAGUACGAUUUUAAGCUUUGACAUUUGAACUUCCACCAACAUGUUCAUCUAAACUGAUGCUGGAACAUUCCCCCAUACUGUUUUUGGACAAUGAUUUUUGACUUCCAAACAUUUCUACAAAAUAUAUCAACCCUGUUUGAUAUAUCAAAUUGAUCAGAAAUACAGUGUAGACAUUGUUAAUGUUGUAAAUUACUAUUUUAGCUGGAAACAGCUGAUUUUUUAAAAUUGAAUAUCUACAUAGGCAUACAAAGGCCCAUUAUCAGCAACCAUCACUUCUGUGUUCCAAUGGCACGUUGUGUUAGAUAAUCCCAAGUUUAUAAUUUUAAAAGGCUAAUUGAUCAUUAGAAAACUAUUUUGCAAUUAUGUUAGCACAGCUGAAAACUUUUGUUCUGAUUAAAGAAGAAAUAAAACUGGCCUUUAGACUAGUUGAGUAUCUGGAGCAUCAGCAUUAGUGGGUUCGAUUACAGGCUCAAAAUGGCUAGAAACAAAGAAAUUUCUUCUGAAACUCGUCAGUCUAUUCUUGUUCUGAGAAAUAAAUGCUAUCCAUUUGAGAAAUUGUCAAGAACCUGAAGAUCUUGUACAACGCUGUGUGCUAGUCCCUUCACAGAACAGCGCAAAUUGCCUCUAACCAGAAUAGAAAGAGGAGUGGGUGUCCCCGGUGCACAACUGAGCAAGAGGUACAGUGUUUAGUUUGUACAGUGUCUAGUUUGAGAAACAGACGCCUCACAAGUCCUCAACUGGCCGCUUCAUUAAAUAGUACCUGCAAAACACCAGUCUCAAAGUCAACAGUGAAGAGGCGACUUCAGGAUGCUGGCCUUCUAGGCAGAGUUGCAAAGAAAAAGCAAUUUCUCAGACUGGCCAAUAAAAAGAAAAGAUUAAGAUGGGCAAAAGAACACAAACACUGGACAGAGGAAAGAAAGUUAUUUGUUUCUGGCCAUUUUGAGGCUGUAAUCGAACCCACAAAUGCUGAUGCUACAGAUACUCAACUAGUCUAAAGAAGGCCAGUUUUAUUGCUUUAAUCAGAACAACAGUUUUCAACUGUGCUAACAUAACCAUUUUGCAAUUUUCUAAUGAUCAAUUAGCCUUUUAAAAUGAUUUAAAAAAAUUAUGACUUGGAUUAGCUAACAAAACGUGCCAUUGGAACACAGGAGUGAUGGUUGCUGAUAAUGGGCCUCUGUAUGACUAUGUAGAUAUUACAUAAACAAACCUGCCAUUUCCAGCUACAAUAGUCAUUUAUAACAUUAACAAUGUCUACACUGUAUUUCUGAUCAAUUUGGUGUUAUUUUAAUGGACACAUUUGUUUUGCUUUUCUUUCAAAAACAAGGAAAUUUCCAAGUGACCCCAAACUUUUGAACGGUAGUGUACAUACUGUCAGUGAGUGGGGCAUGUAUAAAAAGCUGAUAAUCUGAGUCAACGGGCACAAUGAAACAGUCUGUUGUGCUUAAUAAAGCCAACUAACUUUAUUCUCUGCGUUCAGAAUAACAAAGAAACAUAUUACAGUUAUACAGUAUAAUCCCAGUAUAAUACUGCAAUUUAAGAUGUAUUAUUAUGAGUAUAUCAAGUAAUUAUGAUUUUUUUUCAGAGUGAUGUUUCUGUUUAUAAGUGACCUUCUGUGCUUACUAAUGACCUACUUUAUGAAUAUUGGACAUAUUGUCCAGUUUUGACUCACAAUUAACUGUAUUUUCUUUAUGGACACAAUAUACAAUAUUAAUGGAUGUACAGGCAAUACAACUUUGUUAGAGAAAAAUGUCUACACAUACAUUUUUAUCAGUGACAAUACAUCAUAAGUAUUAAACAAUGUUUCAAAUUGAAAUUGUUAAAAAUGACUUUUUGAAACAUUAUUGAUAUAGUUAUUUUUUCAUUGGUAUUCUUUGUUUAUAAAAUAACACUACUCAGGAACUGUUGUAAAAUGUUAAUUGUUCAUUCGUUGUAGUGCAAGAAAUGGAUACUGUUAUAUGCUUACUUCAUUUUGUCAAUAAAGACAUAACAUAAGUAACUGUA